AAAAAAUAUAUUUCACUAAAUUUUAAAUGUGAACAACAUGACGGUAACAGAAAGCGUAAAAUCGAAAUGUAAUGAUAAAAUUUCAUCUGAAGAAGAACAAAAUGCAGCAGGUGAGGAUAAGGAGAGUGAGGCAAACAUGCCAUCAGCAGAAACUACAUCAAAAACGCCGGCCGCAGACAUGGGAUCUACCAAAAUAAAAAGUGAAAUAGCAUCAGUAAAUAGUUCUUCAGCCACAUCGGCCUGUUCUCAGAGCGAUAUGCAAAUAAAAACAGGAGACGUCUAUCUUAUAAAACGCGCUGAUGGAAGUGUACAUCACGCCCAAAUUAUACAGUCACGACCGGGUGAAGCCGCCAGCGCCAAUUCUGCUAGUACUCCUGCAGAGUAUUACGUGCAUUAUGUAGGGCUGAAUCGACGUCUAGAUGAGUGGGUAUCCCGUGAUCGUAUAAAGGAUGCGACAGAUCCAGAUGCAGCAAGUGGAGUAGCGAACUCGGCGGAUAGUGGUGAUGGUAACGGCGGAAAAGCGCUUAAACAACUAAGCAAAGAACAAAUUGCUAGCUUAGAAAAUCCUUUGCCAAUGGAAAAUAGUGAUCGCAAAUUGACGCGCAACCAAAAACGACGGCACGACGAGAUUAAUCAUGUACAGAAAACUUAUGCGGAGAUGGACCCAACAACAGCAGCAUUGGAAAAAGAGCAUGAGGCGAUCACGAAAGUCAAAUACAUUGAUAAGUUGCGUAUCGGACGUUUUGAAAUUGACACUUGGUAUUUCAGCCCCUACCCCGACGAGUAUGGGAAAGUUGGCACUCUGUAUGUUUGUGAGUAUUGUUUAAAAUAUAUGCGUUUCCAAAAAACCUAUCGUUACCACGCAUCCGAAUGUACACAACGACAACCCCCUGGAAAUGAAAUUUAUCGCAAGGGUACUAUUUCGAUAUUUGAAAUUGACGGCAAGGAGCAUAAACUCUACUGUCAAAUGUUGUGCCUAAUGGCGAAGUUGUUUUUGGAUCAUAAAACGUUGUACUACGAUGUAGAGCCCUUUUACUUUUACGUGCUUUGUGAGAUAGACAAACGUGGAGCACAUAUUGUUGGGUACUUUUCCAAAGAAAAAGAAUCUCCGGAAAACAAUAAUGUGGCUUGUAUAUUAAUACUUCCGCCAUACCAGCGUAAGGGGUAUGGCAAGUUACUGAUUGCUUUCAGCUAUGAAUUAUCACGUCGUGAGGGUGUUGUGGGAAGUCCUGAAAAACCGCUUUCUGACCUUGGGCGUCUAAGCUAUCGUAGUUAUUGGGCGUAUACACUACUGGAAUUGAUGAAAGAAUGCCGAACAACCACGCAAAGUAUUAAGGAGUUAAGCGAGUUAAGUGGUAUAACCCAAGACGACAUUAUCUAUACAUUGCAAUCAAUGAAAAUGGUUAAAUACUGGAAAGGACAGCACGUUAUUUGUGUGACACCCAAAACAGUAAUGGAACAUUUGCAGUUGCCGCAAUUCAAGAAACCAAAAUUGACGGUGGAUCCGGCGUACCUACGAUGGGUACCACCAAAAAGAAAUCCAAUUGGAAAUGCUAAAUUUAAGAAGGUUAUGUAACUUUAUUUUAAAAUUAAAUAAUAAUAUUAAGUGUAUUAUAAUAUAGUUUGUAAAAUAAAUUUAACUUAUAUUUUGUUUUUAGCUACUUUUUUUAUAGUGAACAUAAAUAUA